AGUUUUAGAGAACCCCAAAUGGCGGUAGAUAUGACAUUUUGAAUGUACACAGCAACACAGAACUCCAAAGAAGAAUACAUGUGUUAACAGACAGAUGAAGCUGGAACCAUGAGUGGACAGAAAACUAAGACAAAGAGAAGAUCCAGCUUCACAGCUAACAGAGUGUCCCUGCUCUCUCGGGAUGUGUCAUCAGCUAAUGAUUUACACAGAAUGGUGGAAAAGGAAUUGUCAAAAGAAGAUCGACUAACAAAACUAACACGACUCUGUCUUCAGUACACAGUAGAUACUUUAGCAAAAGAGUUCAAAGGUGAAGACUGGUUUGACAAGUUCCGAGUUAACGCCGAGGAAGGCGGCAAUGAGGUGAUCUCCCGCCUCCAGGAUGAGGAUCUGUUCAAGCAUGCCUGCUCCAGAAAACAGCAACUUCCUAAUCCUCUGAAUGACAAUUUUACUGCUAAUAUAGAAGCAAUUGAACUUAACAUGAACAGGUUGGAAGAGGAGAGUGUGAGGUGGGAUGCCAUGCUGGGGAAGUUGAAGAUGGACAAGGAGGCCGCAGACAAGAAAAAUGAAAACCUUGAGCUGAAGGCAGCAUCCAUGUCUGAGGAUGUGAAGACACAAGCUAUGGGCAGCUACAUGAAACCAAGCCCAGACUACCAGGAUCUGAUACAGUCCACUCAGAUGAGCCUCAACAAGUGUGCCCUUCAGAUGGAGGUCUACUGUAAGAAUGUUCACCUGCUGGAGAGAGCCAACAAGAUGGCUGAUGCUGUGGAGGAAAAACAAACACAACUCUUAUACAAGGAAUCCUUCAAGGGUCUGAAUACCCAGAACUCCAUGCAGCAGAUCUCCAACCUCGUCUCUCUCCCAUCACCCACCAAGCUGAUGAAACAUGCCUGAUUGUACAUUUCCUUGUGUAUAAAAAAACUGUACAUAGAUA